ACACCAACUCAAAAUAUCAAAGUUUCCAGAUUUCUUUCCGCACAUCCUUGUGCCUGUCCUGAAUCUAGGAACCGGUUCUAUCUCUGUGAAUUCCGACUCCAAUAAAAUGGCAAGAACCAAUCAAGAGGCAGUGGAGACUUUCAUGAAUAUCACCGGUGUCUCCGAGGCAGUUGCCUUGCAGAAGCUUGAAGAACAUGGUGGUGAUCUGAAUGCAGCUGUCAAUGCACAUUUCAAUGAAGGCAACAGAAGCAUUGUGCAUCAAGCAUCUCCGCCUGCUGCUCAAAAUGAUCUCAUGGUCAUUGAUGAUCCACUUGAAAUUGAACCCCAGGGAAUCUCUUCAUUUUUAUCAGCUGGUAGACAUUUGAACUCAUUCUCACUUCUUGACCCUAGCUUCCGUAGAAGUUCUUUUGAGGGAAGGGGUGCUUCUAACUUUCCCAGCCACGAACAACUUGUUUCUCAUCCAAGAGAAGUCAAGGAGAUUCCCAUUGAGGUAAAGGAUGGGGGUAAUCAUUCUGGUUUUUCAGGAUCUGGGCCUAUCAUUGAGGAUGCCACUGAAGCUGUUCAUGCUCAUGUCCCCAAAAUUUGUGGCAAUGUUAUAAUUGAUGAGGAGGAUGAAGAUAUUCCAACUGCUCUUCCUGCCAAUACCUCAGGUCAGAAUACAAGUCAAGACAGAUUUUCAGGUGGCAAUGUUCAUCAGAGAGAUCAUAGACCUAGUGCUCUUGUAUUAGACAGUAUGACUGAUUAUAGCAAUGAUAUAGAAGAAGAAAUGGUACAAGCUGCCAUUGAAGCUUCUAAGUGGGAGGUUGAAGAGCGUAACUCAAAUCAAAGAAGUGCUCCAGAUGAUUCAACUGGUAUUGGUACUGAGUCAAGGCACUCUAACUUGGAAGAUGCUGAAUUUGAACGGGCAGUUUCAUUGUCCUUGAAGACAGCAGAGCAAGAGAAAGCAAUGCAUAUGCAGGAAGAGCUAGUUGGAGUGGAACAACCAAGUAUAUGCAAACGAGUUAAUAUUGAAGAAUUGGGAGAAUUAACAACAACAAAUGGAAGGCAAGGAUCUGGUUCUUUUAACAGGGGAAUCUCGGAUCAAUUUAAGUUAGAGGCAGGAAGCUCAUAUGUUCAAGAUGAGACUGAAGAUGCAGAAGAGCAACCAUUGGUAAGGCAUAGAUCAGGACAGCUCGCAUCAGGAUCUCUGGGUUCUGUAAAAGAGGUUGUAGAAAUUGCUGAUAGCCCACCAUCAAGUCCUGGACAUGCUGUCAGCACUCAACCCCUACAUACUGAAAAUGGUUUUGAGUCUGAUGAGUGGGGAGGUAUUUCUUCAAAUGAACGUGAUGAAGCAGUAAUGCUUGAGGCUGCACUUUUUGGUGGAAUUCCUGAAGGGACUACUUAUUGUUUUGGUAGAGAAAUGGGCCUUUAUCCUCGGCAUGUACCACGUCCUCCAUCGCCCACUUUGGCAGCCCAACGUUUACUACGAGAACAGCAGGAUGACGAAUAUCUUGCAUCAUUACAAGCAGACAGAGAGAAAGAAUUGAAAGCCAGGGAGGAAGCUGAAGCUCGUCGUUUAGCAGAGCAAGCUGCCAGAGAAGCUGCGCUUGAAGAAGAAAGACGCAAGGAGGAAGAACAUCAGAGGAAAUUGCUAGAGGAAGAGGAGCUUGAGAGAUUUUUAGCUGCCAAAGAAGCUUCUCUUCCUCAGGAACCCCCUGCAGAUGAUGAGAAUGCUGUAACUCUUCUUGUCCGUUUGCCAGAUGGAAGUCGCCAUGGUCGUCGCUUUCUCAAGUCUGACAACCUGCAGUUGCUUUUUGACUUUAUCGAUGUGGGUAGAGGGGUUAAGCCUGGCACUUACAGAUUGGUGCGACCAUACCCUCGGCGCGCAUUCGGCGAUGGUGAGAGCAGUCUGUCUUUGAGCGAACUUGGUCUAAAAAACAAACAAGAAGCCUUGUUCCUAGAGCUGAUAUAGAAUGUCAGCGUUUAGUUGGAAGAUAAAGAAAAAAAAACUUGUAUCAACAAUUCAAAUAGAUGGGAACUGGGAAGUCUCAUUUAAAUUUAUACAUGGAGUAGGAAUCAAACUCAACUUUGUGUCCCACAAGAAAAACAUACAUUUGGCAGGAAUCAAGAGGGGAUUCUUCACCCGAAACUGAAGAAAAAAUUGAAUAUGAAACUGCUUCUCAACGACCUCCCACGCUUCUAUUUCUGCAUUUGUGGUCUAUAGGAUUUAUGGUUCGUAUUAACGGUGUUGUUGGUUGGUGGAUGAAUCUGUACAUACACCAAAGUUCACUAUCAAAAUGUUUUGCCGGUAAAAUGGAAAUCUAUGAUUUGCAGUGGCAUCUUUAUUGGCCUCUUUCUCUUUGAAGUUGGAGUUUGAGCAUUGGCAAGGUAAGCAUCUUUGUGUACCUCAGGUGUUUGAUAUGGUGUACAAAAACACACCCGAGAAAGGGGUGAAAGCAACAAUUGACCUGAGGUUGUCAAUGGAUCGGAUGUUGCUCCGGAUCUAAUCCGAAUCUGAUCUUGUUAAAUUGGAUUUUGAUUUACUCUGUUAUUUAGAUCAGACCCGAUUCGAAUUUAUUUAUGUAGUGUGAUAUCAAAUUUAUUUAUUAUCGCCUCCCUCGAGACCAUCAAGCACAAGCAUGUACAACAUAGUCUUGAACUUGAUUAUAUCGUCUAAGUCUUCGGGAGUUAUUUUAGCA